AUGAGCCUUAACCUUCCUAACCCCAGUCUAAUAGGAAUUCUCCUAGUGACAUCAACACAUAGUGGUCCCCAAUUAGCGUACAAGUACCCAACUAAUCUAAAGUUAAGCCAUGGAGAGAAGCACGAUAAUGGAUCACCCCGUCAGGGGAAGGAUCACUCAAUUGAUAGUACAAAGAAGCCCGACGAUAUAGAGAAUCAGGAUGUCCCAGAUUAUUACGAUGAAGACGAUGAAUUGUACGAAUAUAGGGAUGAUGAAGACGAUGUGGAUGACGAGAAUGUAAACCAUUUGGCAGGUGACAAUAGUGAUGAUGAUCGUGAUUUAUAUGGCAUUGAUGCAAAAGUUUGGGAUGUUGAUGACUUGAAUUACUAUAUGGGUACAAAAUUAGACCUUAAGAGGUUUUUAGAUCAACAGGAUGAUAGAAGAAAGCAGCGACUUCUGUCAAAAGUGCUCGAGAAAGGAUCAGAUAAAACCAAAACAAAACUACUGGAUAGUAUCGUCUUAAAACAGACAAGUUCUAAAACGAGUAUCGCUCAUAGCCAACACAGUUCAACCUCAAAUACUCAAGCCAGUAGUGUGAGUAUCAAUGAUGAUAUUAUGGGGAUGGAUCCUUCUUACCUAUGUGAGAUGUUAGCACCACCGACUGCCAUGUGUAAUGCAAGAUUUGAAAUGACAAUUGAAGGGAAAACCUUUUUAGGAUUGCCAAUACACAAGAGUAUUGAUGGCGGAUGGAAGACUAGACCUAGAUCCAAUAGUAAACAAAUCGACCAAAACGCGUCCAGGUCUAGGUCAAACAGUAGACCUAUUGAUCCAAAAACAAAAGCGCAUGAUUUGCCCAAUGACAGUGAACUUGAAAACGGGGAUUUAAGAAGCAAUUUGAAUAUGUUUCAUUUAGUAUUUAUCAUGAAUCCACCGAUGAUGGAGACCAAUUACAGAAUUGAUGAAAUGUUUCAUCAUGUGAUUUCAAAAUUGUCAUUGAUUCUUCGACGUGCACAAUUGAAACAUGAUUAUAUAGGAAAAGAAGUGAAACGAAUUAUAUCCCUACGCGAGGAGGGCAACAAUGAGAAUGGGUUGGCAGAAAAAUCUUCAUUAUGCAAACUAAUUCGUGAUUGCUUUAUUGGUAUAAGUUCAUCAAAGGUUGUCAAUUUGAUGAUUAAUGGGAAAUUGAAAUCUUUUCAGAUACCAGUAAAGACCGAAUUCCAUUCAUUGCCUGAUGUAACGGUGCCAUGCAUUCCUGGAUCAUAUCUAUCGUCAACAGUCAACACCUUAAGUAAUUUUGGAUUAAUAAAUGUGGGUGAAUCAUCUCGAUAUGGACAAAAGGAUGAAGUGUUCAGACAUUCACAGGAAGAUGACGACUCAGAUGAAGUGGUUAUAUACUAUGCGCUACUACUACUCGAUGAACCGGAGAAUAUCAUCAGGGAUAUACAAACUUCUAAUGAUUCAAUUCUUGCCAACUUUAUUCGCUCAAUCGAACCAACCGAAUCGCUACUUAAAAUUUCCUUACGUUAUCCUAAACUAGAUGUCCGACAGAUAAAGUCGUUUGCAUUUCAUUUGAUAUAUUGGAGAAAAGCAAGAAUUGUUCAGCCAUUAUCAAGUCGAUCCGUAUACAUCAUUUCUCCCAUGGCUCCUUUAACAACGAAACUUUAUGAGGAUAUAUCAGAAUUCAACAAGAAGUUUUCUACAUUACCAUCAUUGCCCCAUUUUUUGAAAUUGUUAUCACCCAAAUCAAGAAAACCACAACAAUUCGCCGCCAUAAUUCCAUCAAGAGAUCAUCGAGAUAGUUAUAUGCGUGCAUUGGCUUGGUUGAAUCGAUUUGGCUAUGCUACUCAACAAUUGACAUUCAUAUGGUUGAAAAUUUCUCGUAAGAUUAAGAUUAAAGUUGAAGAAGAUAUUGAAAAUGAGAAUUUGGCUAAGCGUAAAGUCAAUAAAUUUGUUGCCGAUGAAAAGACUACCAAAACCACUGACAAUUCAUCCAAACAAGUAACGAGUGCCGAUAAUACAAACUUGGUAAACAGCAAUGGCAACACAGCAUCUAAAUCUGAUAUUGAAGCCACAAGUGCAUCCAAAGCAAACAAAUCUAAUUUGGAUUCAUUAAAAUAUCACUUGAAUAAAUCUUCAUCUUCAGUUACAUUAUUAGAAGAUGAUGAUACUAUAAUCCUAGAUCCUGGAAGAGCAUCAACUUUGGAAAGACGUUGGAUUAAUGAAAUCAUAUUUGAGGAAUGUAAAUUGAACACUGAAUUGACUACAAUAUUUUACAAAUUGUUGAAAUAUAUGAAUGGCGAGAGCCCGUUGGAGUUGUUAUUGUUGAAAGAUAAUGUAUCACGACUGGAAUUGAAGAAACUUUUGCUAGCUAUUGAACCACAUAUAAUUUCAGUAAAACAUUGGUAA